ACAAGAGAGCCAACUCACCCUCGAAAAUCUCUCUCUUAUCAUUCCCAUCCUAAAAAAUGCCACUAAUCAAAUAUAUCAUCUUUUGAUUCUUUAUCCUCCACUCCACAAAUCCCGCCAUCUAUCUCCUCCAAAAUUUUCUCUUGAUCCACCACCACAACCACCGCCAAUGGCAACCUCCGCCUUGUUCUUCACACCCACAAUCCAAAAGCAUCGCCACAGCCUCACUCCAUUCCAAGGCCUUAGACCCCUCACCAAAGCCAAAACUUCCCUAACCAAGAUCACCACCACCAACCCAAGAAAGAGCUUGGCACUGAAAGCAGAGCUUAGCGCACCCCUGGUGAUCAGCCUAAGCACUGGGCUGUCUCUCUUUCUCGGAAGGUUUGUGUUCUUCAACUUCCAGAGGGAGAACGUGGCAAAACAAGUGCCGGAGCAGAACGGAGUGACCCAUUUUGAGGCCGGAGAUGUUCGUGCUAAGGAAUAUGUUAGCCUCCUGAAAUCAAACGAUCCGGUUGGGUUCAAUAUCGUUGAUGUUCUUGCCUGGGGCUCCAUUGGCCACAUCGUUGCUUACUAUAUCUUGGCCACCUCCAGCAAUGGCUAUGACCCCAAGUUCUUCUAGUUUCAUUUUUAAAUUCUCUGUAACUUUGUCUAGUUUCUAGCUUCUCAUUAUUAGUUGGGAGGUUUCUUUUUAUUUUUCUUGUUUUUGGUUUUAUGAAAAAAUUUAAGGUUCGGACCGAAUCGAUCACGUGUUGUUGGAUUGGAUGUAAUUAUAUAAUCUUGCACAUUCCUUGAAA